UUUAAUCUGUGUUAAAGAGUUUUGAAGGCUGACGUUGGACUGUUGUGCACACUGCACAAUGCGUAUCAAAUGUUUACAUGUUAAGUUCGGCGCAAUGUUUAGUUAUAUUUAAAUAAUCAGCUAGUGUAUUGUUCCUUUUUAGAAUAAAUUAUAAUUUAUGAAUUAUAGAAGAUGUACCUAUCAGACUUAAAAGAUCUUGUGUCAAGUUUAGCAGUUAUAACUACGAUACUACAAUUUUUAUCUGGCUCUCUCGUUUGCAAACAAUAUGUGGUUAAUGGGACAACAUCAGAAUCUUCGCCGCUACCUUUUAUAUGCGGCUUUAUAUCAUCGGGUCUCUGGCUUUUGUAUGGACUGACAAAACAGGACAAUAAAAUAAUUUUAGUUAAUAGUUUUGGUAUAGUUUUAACGGUCUCAUAUGUUUUAGUAUUUUAUAUUUACACUAUCAAGAAAACAUCUGUGUUAAGGCAAUUUUUACUGUCUAUUACAAUAUAUGUCUUCACAAUUGGCUAUAUGUCAGUGGAGGAAGACAAUGAAGUACUUUUGAGUAGAUUAGGGUUAUCAGCCUGUUCUCUUACUUUGUUAACAAUUGCUGCACCAAUGAUCAAGCUUUUUUAUGUUAUUAGAACAAAAUGUACAGAUUGUCUUCCUUUUCCAAUGAUAUUCAUGUCAUUGAUUGUGUCAAGUCUGUGGUUUGUUUAUGGUGUAAUAGAAGAAGAUAUAUAUCUAUCGGUACCAAAUUUUAUUGGUGUUGUCUUGGCCUUGGCGCAGCUUUCAUUGUUUGUGAUAUUUCCUAGUAUUCCACAUUCACCUCUUAUAUCUAAGACAACUCUAGCUUAAUUAAAAAAAUAAUUAAAGAAGAAUGCAAGGUAAAUAGUUAUUUUCCAUAAUUUUUAGAAAAAGUAUUUGUUCUAUAAUAUAUGCAUAUAUAUUUUAAUAGAUGACUAGAAGACUAAGCUUUUUAAAUAAAUUCAAGUUAAACAUAUUUCUGGUGCCAUUGUUUACAUAAAAUAGAAAAAAUUGCAAAUGAGCAAAUGAUUUUGUCAUUGAAUAAAUGUAUAUUGUUCAAAAUAGAUCUACAAGUGACAAUUUAUGCAAUAAAUUAAAGUAUUAUAAUUGUUUUCUUUAAUGAAUCUAUUUAGCUUAUAUAAAACUAGAUUCCAAUUUUUUUUUUUACAAAAUGGGAAUACAUUAUAAAGAUAAUCUUGUCACUAAAAGUUCAAAUAAUAGAAUUAACAGUAUUUUCACUUUUAUUGUGUAAUAUAACUUAGUCAUUGACUUGGUUUCAUAUAUUUAUAAGGUGAAUAAUAUUGUAGAGAGAGAAACUAUCCCUUAAGCCUUUACAUAUCCAUAGAGAAUGCAUAGAGCUGCUGGCUAGCUGACCAGUAGAAGGGUAUAAAAGUUCGAAAUACA